AUGGAAGAACCUAAUCAUAAGUCAAAUCGAAAAAAGAAGGCCACCUUCCCUGAGAGUAACUCCACUUCAAGCGUAAACCAAAAGAGUAAAAAAAAAAAAAUAAAAGUUGGAAGUGAUAUAGAGAGCAAUGGAGGUGAAAUGGCGAGAGGAGAUUCUCUGCAGAGUAGGGUCCAUCAGGAACCCAUACCAUUUGACUUUUUCACGGAAGAUGACUAUAAGAAGUACAACGAAUUUGUGAACUUCUGUGAGGAGAGCUUUGCCUACAUCGACAUGGAAGACGUGAAUAAACACAUCUCUGAUCUCAGAUCAAGGGGUGGUCAAGCGGAGUUGUACUUGUCCAACGUUGUUAGCAGUUCGAGUGACGAGGGGGGAGAGGAUGGCUGCAACGGGGAAUCGCAGAAAAGGAAAAACACUACCCCCAGGAAAGAACAAAAGUACAAGAAAAAUUUGAAGCUAAUAAACAUAAAGAAGCAUAAGCGAGCCAGAAUCAACUUGAUACUGAUUAAGAAGAAGUACACGGGGGGAAAAGAACAGGAGGAGGAAAAAAUUACUGUUCAUCAUACGGAAGGCCGUCUGGUCGCCAAGAAAAAUACGGUGGUUAUGUCCCCCAUUUUUAUGCCUGUCGGCACGAAAAGUUGCAUCAAGGGGCUUGUGCAGGAAGAAGUGCAGUUCCUGUGCAACGAUAUAAUCCUGAGCAACACGUACCACUUAGCGAACAUAUUUGACGUAUCAACUUUUGUGGAUAACAAAGGGAUUAACAACUUCAUCCGUUUUCCCAAUGCCAUGCUGACGGAUUCGGGGGGGUUUCAGAUGGUGUCCCUGAGCAAGCGAAUAAAGAUACUGGAAGAAGGGAUCCUCUUCGAUAACAUCUACGACGCUUCUGUUAUGCGUAGGAACGUUCGCGCUGUGGGGGGGGUCGACGAAGUGAAGGAGGCGAAGGAUGUGAUGCAAGCGGUUUCCCCCAACCCAACGGAUACCGCUAACCAAAUGGAUGCCCCUACCCCCGGCGAUGCCACCAUCAGGACCGGGAGAGAAAUCCUGUUGACGCCCGAAACCUCCAUAAGGCUGCAGAACAAAAUCGGAACUGACAUCAUCAUGGCCCUGGACGAUGUGCGCCCCGCAACGGAAACCGACGUGGAAAAGAUAGAGGAGGCCACUCACAGAACAAACAGGUGGCUGCAGAGGUGCAUAGAAGCCCACAGCAGGGAAAAAGAGCAAACCCUCUUUGGAAUAAUCCAGGGGGGUCUCCACAUCAGACUGAGAAACGUAUCGAUGGAGUUCAUAUUGAAGCAGAAACUGAAUGGCUAUGCUGUGGGGGGGCUUUGUGGUGGAGAAAAAAAAAGAGACUUCUUUAACGUAGUGCACCAUUGCUCAAAUGAGAAAAAUAAAAAAUAUAAUCGUUUGCCAGAAAAUAGAUGCAGAUACAUUAUGGGCAUUGGAUACCUUGUUGACAUUCUCUUUUGCUCUCUCCUGGGUUACGACAUGUACGACUGUGUGUAUGCAUCGAGGACGGCUAGGUUUAACACAGCUUUGAGUUAUGACGGAACGAUAAAAUUGAAGCAAGCCCAAUAUGCCUUUGAUUUCUCUCCACUUGUGCGCAGUUGCCAUUGUUAUGUGUGUUCUAAUUUUUCUAAAUCAGCUUUGCAUCUACUUAUUUCGAAGAAGAACCCAAUUGUGAAUGUCCUCUUGACCAUCCAUAACAUUUACUUUACCUUGCACUUUUGCUACCUCCUCCGAGUUGCUAUCUUUUUAGAGAAAACGGACCAGUUCGUCACCACUUUUCUGUACAACUACUUCGUCAUUGGUUCCAAGAAUGGAAACUAUAAGAUCCCCGAUAAUGACAAGGCACCUCUGGGUGGAGAUACGGCAAAUGGAGGACCAAUUCACCCCCACGAGACAAACACACAAAAUAAACCAACAUAUGUAGAAAAGAAUGGAAUAGUGAAGGACACAUCAACUACACCGACUAGUGAUGAACCCCCAUCAAAGGAGGCAACUCAACCUAGUUGCUACCCACAUACCUGCACAACCCCUACAGAGGACCAAAAGGGUGAAAUGGUAAAGGAGUUAAAGGAUAAGUUACCAAACUGGGCUUUACAGGCGCUGCAAUAUGCACAAAUAGAACUCACUUUUUAA